CAGAUAGAUGAGUUAUAGCAGAGAUCCAUAGAAAAGACCGACUUAAUUCACGGCGAAGUAACCCAGCAGCGGAAAGAAGAGGCGCGACGGCGUACGCCCAUCGGAGACAUCUACUGGACCUGGGAAGGGACCAACAAAGAGCGAUAUCCGCCGUAGCAGCGUUUCACGAGCAGUUCAUGCAAGAACUCAAGCUUUUCGAUGACAUGACCAGGCUGGCAGCUACAGGAGAAGACACUUCACAGAGGUACUUACAAUGGGAGGUGGAGCAUCGAACAGCAGAUACAAAGCAUAUCUACCGUGAAAGCAUGAGGAAGAUGCAGGGCAAGAGGCCAUUUCUUACAAAGAUGGGAUAUCUAGGUAUAGGUCCUGUAGAAGGAAAGUCUGGUGAUGUAGUUGCUAUCUUUUGCGGUGGGCGUAUUCCCUUCGUAUUGCGUCCUUUAAAAGAGACGACCGAGCUUGGCGAGUUCUCUUAUAUCGGCGAGGCAUUCUGCAAUGGUGUUAUGGAUGGUAAAGUCACUGGCAAGGAGAAACAGACUUUCUGGCUUACUUGAGUAUUAUUCUCUAAAUGUAAUAACUGCAGGAGAUGUAUCAUAUACCAGAAAGUUAUUAGAUGAG